CAUCUCUAAUGGAAUCUUCUGCUCCAAGUUGGGGUGAUGGCCCCAACCUGUAUGGCUUUAAAGAAAUGCAUUACUGGUGAUCAGUCUAUAAAGGAUUUUUGGUGUAAAAGAUACACCAAUACCUCUUGGCUGGGGGUUCAGAUAGCCUCCAGAUGCCAGUUUGGGAGAGCUGUAUCUUCACCCCUUGCUUGGAAGUUGCCCAAAAGCAUCUGGUUGGCCAUAAGGAGAAACCAACUGCUGGUCUAAGAUGGGGCUUGGCCUGAUCCAGCAGGGCUGUUCUGAUGUUCUUAAGAAGAAGCAGUGGGUUAAGCUCCAAAACUCUUUAACCUCCGUUCCACGAAGUUCAAAAGAAAACAGACUCCCUUGUUUGAAUGUCCAAUGUCUUUGAGAUGAUCCUCCUCUCUCUUUCAGCCAUGGCAGAUUCCUAUUCCUACAGAGUUGGAAAGAAGGUCGCGGGAUCCAGCAAGAGCAGCACGCAGAGAGAGAGCAGCAAGGCGGAACUGAAGCUCCAUCCAACAUAUGAACAGUCUAACCUGGGAAAUGCAACAAAUGACAAAACAGAAAGCAAACGGAAAGGAAGGCCCAAGACAGAAAAUCAGGCCUUGAAAGAUAUUCCUAUGCCUCUGAUGAAUCAGUGGAAAGAUGAAUUUAAGGCUCACUCCAGGGUGAAAUGUCCUAACUCUGGCUGCUGGCUGGAAUUUCCAAGCAUCUAUGGCCUGAAAUACCACUUCCAGCGUUGUCAAGGGGGGGCUGUGGUAGAAAAACGCACCUUCCCGUGUCCAUACUGCGAGGCCGUCUUCACGUCAAAAACGCAGCUGGAGAAGCAUUGCCUGUGGAAUCAUUUGGACAGGCCGUUGCCGGCAGCCGCCCCCCCAGCAGAAAGCAAAGUGCACAAGGCGACCAGCAAGGGGUCAGGGAAGAAAAGAGCUGCCGAACAGUCCGCUUCCCCCACCCCCCACCCCAAACAAGCGAAGGUGGAGAAGGCCGUGGCCUUGCAGCACCCCGAGAACGGAGAGCACGCGGCCGGGAGCCAGGGCAUCAGGGACCUGAAGACUGCCAUGGCCGGAGGCGGGGGGACGGCCGCGACCCCGCUUGGCCAGCCCCCAGGCAGCCGAGGCGCCAAACAACAGGCGAGCAGGCAGGCCUUUAAGCAGGAGGAGGACCCCGAAAGGAUGAAGCACAGAAGGAAACAGAAAACUCCUAAGAAAUUUACUGGGGAGCAGCCAUCCAUCUCAGGAACCUUUGGAUUGAAAGGACUGGCGAAAGCCGAAGAUAAGGCGAAGGCACAUCGAGCAAAGAAGCUGGAGGCCUCUCUUCUCAGCAGUCACACCGAAGAUCAUAAGAAAAAGCUGCCAGGAUCCAGUGUGAAAAGGGAGGCCACCAGCAUAACAGCAACAGGCCCUUCAACUACAGCAAGCCCCGAGGAGCAGUGGCAGCGGACAAUCAAUGAGAAGGGAGAAGUUGCUUGCCCGACAUGUGGCAUGAUCACCCGGAAGACGGUCCUUGGUCUCAAGAAGCACAUGGAAGUCUGCCAAAAACUGCAGGAUGCCUUGAAAUGCCAGCACUGUAAAAAACAGUUCAAGUCCAAAGCGGGGUUGAAUUAUCACACGAUGGCUGAGCACGUGAACAAGCCUGUUCCUGUGGAAGCUGCUGUCCCUCUCAGUGAACUCGGAGACAGGGAAAGGCUGAGGAAAGUGUUAAAGCAGAUGGGGAAACUCAAAUGCCCAAAUGAGGGCUGCAUGGCCACUUUCUCCAGUCUAAUGGGGUACCAGUACCACCAGAAGCGAUGUGGGAAGCAGCCAUCAGAGGUGGAGAAACCAGUCUUCACCUGCCACCACUGUGGAAAGACGUACAAGUCAAAAGCUGGUCAUGACUACCACAUCCGCUCCGAACAUCCGUCGACGCCCCCGGAGCAGCCUGAGCUGAAGCCCGAGGCCAGCCCCAUGGAAGAUUUCGAGAGGACCCCCAGCGGCCGCAUCCGGCGCACCUCCGCCCAAGUUGCGGUCUUCCACUUGCAGGAAAUAGCAGAGGACGAGCUGGCCAAGGACUGGACCAAGCGGCGGAUGAAGGACGACCUGGUCCCCGAAACAAAGCAACUAAAUUAUACUCGACCUGGACUUCCAAAAUUGAACCCGAGGCUCUUGGAGACCUGGAAGAAUGAAGUCAAAGAAAAAGGACACAUUAAUUGCCCAAAUGACUGCUGUGCAGCCAUUUACUGCAGUGUGUCCGGCCUAAAAGCCCACCUGGCCAACUGUAACAAGGGCGGCCAUUCCGUGGGCAAAUACCGUUGUCUUCUGUGUCAGAAGGAGUUUAGCUCAGAAAGCGGAGUCAAAUACCACAUCAUCAAGACACACUCAGAGAACUGGUUCCACACCUCAACCGAAGCGUCUAGGAAGAAAAAGAGCAAAGAACAGAGGACGCCCAGCAAUGAAGAACAAAAGACAAGUGCGGAUGGGAAAAAACGGGGCCGGAAGCCGAAGGAGAGGCCUCCGGAAGCUUUCCCUAAAGACAGAGAGAGCAUCCCAGGAAAAACUAACCAUAAGAAAACCACAGGAUCGUGGCCGGUGGCAAACUGCAUCCUGGAUGGGAAGGAUAGAGGUAACAAGUCCUUCCACACCAAGAAAGGGGGGGCUAAUAAAAUGCCAGAGAAAUAAGCAGAGGGGGCAGAAAAAAACUCUUUAAAGAUUCGUUUACAGGGUGAUGGGGCGACCGGGAUGCUCCUUCGUUGGCCGAGCCCCUCCCCUUUCUGCUCCUCCCUUAAAAAAAAAAAAAAAGCAUAAGUGACAAACCACUUUAAAGCAUGAACACAGACACUGGGUUUUACCUUGGGAGACGAACUCGACACGCUGGUGAGAUUCUUCCAUCAGAACCCCACCUGGAUUGUACAUAAUGCCGGCCCACACGGGCAGCCCCCAGUUUGCAGAUUUGUAACAUGGCAAGGGGGGCUUUGGGGGGCUUCGAAAGAGACGCCGCAGGAGCAGGAAAGAGUGAAGUGCAAUAGGAAAACCAAGUUAAGCUUUUCUUUCUCUGUGGAUUGCUUUCCGGGUAGCGGUCGUGUGUUAGAAAACAGCGCGCGUCGGUGUUCCGCGCACGGAAACAAAUGUGCUUGUGGUUGCAAGCCCAGCUUACUUUUAUAAUUUUCAUAGGAAAUGCGCUUAAUGAAAAAAUCUGAGAUGGUUUGGCAAUGAACCUUAGGGGUUGGGGGGUUGGGUUGGGUUGAAUAUUAUGAAAUACCCUGAGUUUGGAAUUUUGGGUUUGUUUUCCUGGUCCAACCAGAGAUAAACCCAGAGGCUGGCGCUCUGGCCGUAAUUUGGAUGACAAGACUCUGGAAAGUGAAAAGUCUGGGGAAAGCUAGCGUUGGAGAAAGGAGCUUUCGGCAUUGAGACGUUUUGGGACGUUUUCUCAAAAGAGGGAGAUCUAGUUAUGGAAUAUACAGGGCCUUUCUGUGAAAACCCCCCCCCUUU